GCUGAGCGGGAGGGAGGAGGGGAGGGACACCCAGGGGUGGCCGCCGGCGGGCCAGCGCGACCCACGGCCCUGCCGGAGCCUCGCUAACUUUCCGAGGCGGAAGAGGAGGAGGAGGAAGGGGCUUUGAGUGAGUUGGGGGGAUGCCGAGAAGCGGUCAGUUGCCUGCACCCAACAUCUCCGAGCCCUUAGUGCGUCCGACCCGCAGGGCGGCGAGCUAGGCGGAGGCGCGGCGAGGGCUCCGUGAAGCGGCCCAUGUCCGGCGCAGGUGAAGACCCCGCUCCCGGGCCCCAGCUCGGGGCCGAGGCGGGCGGUGGCCGGCUGGGCGGCGCGGCCCAGGAAAAAUGUGAUAAAGAAAAUACUGAGAGAGAUAUAACUCAAGCCACUGAUAGCUGCUUCACACACGGAGAGAUGCAAGACCAGUCCAUUUGGGGAAAUUGUUCGGAUGACAAACUCAUCAGAACCCAACCUCAGCGCUUGCCUCAGCUUCAAACUGCAGCACAGGAAAGUGAGGAGGAAAUAAGCAAGAUAAAGAACGGCCACCCAAGUCUGAGCAAUGGAAAUGGAAUCCACCACGGGGCCAAACAUGUAUCUGCAGAGAAUCGAAGACUUUCAGCACCUGUUUCUCAAAAAAUGCAUAGAAAAAUUCAAUCCAGCUUGUCUGUAAACAGUGACAUCAGUAAGAAGAGUAAAGUAAAUGCUGUCUUUUCUCAAAAGACAGGCUCUUCACCUGAAGAUUGCUGUGUCCACUGUAUCCUGGCCUGCCUGUUCUGUGAAUUCCUGACCCUCUGCAAUAUUGUCCUGGGACAAGCUUCGUGUGGCAUCUGCACCUCAGAAGCCUGCUGCUGUUGCUGCGGAGAUGAAAUGGGAGAUGACUGUAACUGCCCUUGUGACAUGGAUUGUGGCAUCAUGGAUGCCUGUUGUGAAUCAUCAGACUGUUUGGAAAUCUGUAUGGAAUGCUGUGGAAUUUGUUUUCCUUCGUAAAUAUUUAUCUUCUGUUUGCAUUAAAACUGGAGAGUGUUUUAAAAUUUUUCUUUUAAGGGGAAAGAAAAGCACAUGGUAAGAUUCUCAUCAAACAAUCCAGUAUUUGCACUGUUAACUCAUUAUUUUAGGAAAUCUCUGAGAGCCUUUUUUUCCCUCUAACCAAAUCUACAUGGUUUAAUAUGUGAAAUUUUAACUACUUUUAGACUUCUUGAUAGGUUACAAUGACUGAGGGACAUUUUGACAAAACAGAAAGAAAGGAAGGGAGGAAGGA